AUGGCAAAUCAAAAGCAGAUGAGAACUCAAAUAUUAAUCACAGACAUUUCUAGUGGCAAGUUUGCCAGCAAAUGGCCUACACAAUUGGAAAAAACUUUAUUCAAGGAGCAAUUUCCUAAUUUACAAAAACACUUGCAGUACUUCACGCCUUUGCCAUUUUUAAAUAGAAUCAUUAUUAUAUUUGAUAAUGAAGAUGAUACACUACAAGUGUUCAAAUUUUUGCAGGAACUGUUGGCCAAAGAGAAUGGCGGCUCGAUGAAGUUAUUUGUAACAGAGUCCCUUCUAAACAAUCAACAUCCCCGGUCUCGUUCCACAGAUGAUGCUGUCUCAUUGCAAGGUGACAGCUUGCCAUCUUUGGAGGGACAUCGCAGCAAGCCUCUCUUAUCUAUUAAUACAGACCCAGGAGUUACUGGAAUAGACAGUACAUCUCUCAGUAAGGGAGGAUUCUCAUUAUCCCCUGAUAAAUCAUCUCUAGAGUCACCCACAUUUCUAAAGCUUUCCACGGAUUCAAAGCCAUUUAGUUAUCAAGAACCGCUGCCCAAGCUUUCUAGAUCAUCUUCUUCAACGUCAAAUCUCUCAUUAAAGGGGAGUUCGCAGACAUCUUUGCCCUCGCAACUACUAGAAAACAAGGAUAAAUCAACAUCAGACACUAAAUGUCUUUUUGUUUCUAAGCCAUUAGGAUUGAGCAUUGACACAUCUGCUAGAAGUAGCGCUGCAUCGCAUACUAAAAAUGAUGCAGUGUCUAACGCCCCGAAAAGUCCAAGCAUAACGGUUAACGAGUUCUUCCAUUAG